AUGGAUUUAAUCAGGAGUUUAUGGAGGAAUCACAAAAGGAAGAUUUUGGUGACGACGAGUUGUUUAGGAAGUGGCUAUUUGCUUUACAAAUUAUACAAUGUCCAUACUCGUAACCUAGCCGAUUUGGAACGUGAGCUUGCUGACGAGCGUCACAAUGACGAAAUCGUCAAAACCCAAAUGAAGGACCAUUUCGAGAACAUUCAGAUGAUUGCUGAUGUAACUACAUUGCCUCACGCGUUGCGUCGGUUGAGUAGCCGUAUUGUUGAUGAGAUUGAUGUGUCUGGUGUUAUGGAGACGUUGAGUAAAGGAAAGGGAACGUUGGUUCCUUCUGAGAAGCUUCAUCUUUGGACUGAGCUCAAGAUUCUGAGUUUCACGAGGAUGGUUUUGUCGCUGUGGUCAGUCACUAUGCUUAGUUUGUACAUUAGGGUUCAAGUCAACAUUUUGGGCAGACACUUAUAUAUCGACACUGCUAGAGCUCUUCUUACCACCUCCCAUUUACUUGAAGAGUUAGAUCUCAUAGAUAGAGAGGACGAGAAAAAGUUUCUGACAAGUGCUGAUUAUCUUGCAACCGAUGGCAUGCCGAGUUUGAUUUCCCAUAUGAAGAGUGCUGUCAAAGGAGUUCUUAAGGGUUAA